UAGUCGACUAGGGGGGCGGUGUCACCUGAAAGUUGAUUCCGAUCGUUUAUUGAUCCAUCCUCCGGCCAGAUCGGCUCUGCUAGCGGGUCUAUAGGCUUUUUCCUUCAGCGUGAAUCAGCAGCCUGUGGCGGGAAGAUGCUCCACGUGAGGGCGGCCGUGUGUCGAUCCCGGAGGGGGUUUAAGACGUUCCCCUGUGCAGCUGUGGAGGUGAAAAAUGAGCCGAUCCUGGGCUUCAAAGAGGGCAGCCAUGAGAGGGCGGAGCUGCUGAAGGCCUUGGCGAGCCUGAAGGGGAGGACGGAGGAGAUCCCGUGUGUGGUGGGAGACGAGCACGUGUGGACCAAAGACAUCAGAUACCAGCUCUCUCCCUUCAAUCACUCGCACAAGGUGGCGAAGUUCUGCUACGCUGACAAGGAGCUCAUCAACAAAGCCAUCGUGGCGUCUGUGGCGGCGAGGAAGGAGUGGGACCUGAAGCCCGUCGAGGACCGAGCUCAGAUCCUCUUCAAAGCCGCCGACGUCAUCAGCGGACCCAGGAGAGCCGAGAUCCUGGCCAAGACCAUGAUCGGACAGGGGAAGACGGUGGUGCAGGCGGAGAUCGACGCUGCCGCGGAGCUCAUCGACUUCUUCAGGUUUAAUUGCAAACACGCCAUCGAGCUGCAGGGGCAGCAGCCGCUGGACGCGGAGGGAAGCGCCAACACGCUGCUGUACCGAGGCCUGGAGGUAAAAAUCAGGUCACAUCGUGACUUCCUCACUUGUCCUGUUUGUGGCUGAUGGAGGAUCUGAUCUGUGGACUGUUGUCAUGUCUUCCAGGGUAACGUCGUCCUCUGGAAGCCGAGCGACACCGCCAUGUCUGCCAGCUACUCUGUGUAUAAAAUCCUCAGGGAGUGCGGCAUGCCACCAAACAUCAUCCAGUUCUUGCCCGCUGACGGCCCCGUGUUCGGAGACGCCGUCACCGCCUCGGAGCACCUGGCAGGCAUCAACUUCACCGGCAGUGUGCCGACGUUUAAGCGUCUUUGGAAGCAGGUCGCGCAGAACCUGGACGUCUACAGGACUUUCCCUCGACUGGCAGGAGAGUGCGGGGGGAAGAAUUUCCACUUCGUCCACACGUCAGCGGAGGUCCAGAGCGUGGUGAUGGGGACCAUUCGCUCGGCGUUCGAGUACGGAGGUCAGAAGUGCUCGGCCUGCUCGAGGAUGUACGUACCGGACAGCCUGUGGCCGCAGAUCAAAGAGCAGCUGCUCGCCAUCCACAAGGACAUCCGAGUGGGCGACCCUGUCGAGGACUUCAGCACCUUCUUAUCAGCCGUGAUCGACGACAAGCUGCGUGAGCGAGUGUCACGGAUCAUUAUUACCUCAGCUGCUUUCCUCACGAUGUUGUCAUGUUCACGCCAUCUGUGCCUUCCUGAUCCCGUGUUUCUGCGUGUUUAAAUGAACACGCGUGUUCUGCAGGAGAUCUUCGGGCCCGUCCUCGCCGUCUACGUUUAUCCUGAGAAGGACUACAGAGAGGUUCUGCGGCUGAUCGACACCACGUCGCCGUACGCGCUGACCGGAGCCGUGUUCGCCAAGGACGAGAAGGUGAUCGACGAAGCCUCCAGCGUGCUGAGGAACGCCGCGGGAAACUACUACAUCAACGACAAAUCCACCGGCUCCAUCGUGGCUCAGCAGCCGUUCGGGGGCGCCAGAGCUUCAGGUACAAACGACAAACCUGGAGGUCCUCACUACGUCCUGAGGUGGACGUCUCCGCAGACCGUGAAGCGGACGCACGUCCCCCUCACAGAGUGGAAGUACCCCUACAUGGGCUGAGGAGUCCGUCCGCUGAGACCACGCGCGGCCUGAUCACCUCGUCUCGCUGCACUGAACGUGUCUUCCAUCCUAACACGGCUGCUUUUCUAAUCGAUCAUGGUAGAGUCAUCAGGUCCUGCGAGCACGGCUCAGGCGUGCGGCUCAGGCCUCAGCUGAUUAGUUCAUUAAUCGGUCGUAUCUGUCCUGUGAAGAGUCAUCAUUGGUUUAAAGUUCAUGAUUUAAAACUCUAGUCGAAGUCUCAGAUCUGUUUCCUGUUUUAGAGUUUUUUCCAUUUCUGUGUGACCUCAUUUCCUGUGUGACGUAGAAAUAACUUCCUGUUUGAGAGCUCACGCUGACUCGUCCUCGGGCUGCAGAUGUCCGUCCCUGCUGGUCUGGACUCGCGUCCGACUCUUUGACUCAGCUGUAUUUUGAACGCGCCUGCCUUAGAAACUCUGAUGGUUACUUUUCAACAAUAAAUAAUAAACAUUUGGUCUUUUA